AUGGCGGAAUUUACUAUGGAUCCUGAGAGUAUCAUGGUUGGUGUUGGUGAUGGGACUGACUCUGCUGUUGCAAAUGGUGGCUUGACAAUGGAAAAUGUCGCUGUUAAAGGAAAUGGUCAUGAAAAGCAAGACUCUGCACCAUCUGAAACGGCCGCUGGGGACAAGGUGAAACCAAAGCCUCAAAAGAAACAAGUCCAUGAGACAUCUGAAGAUGAUACUCAGUCAUCUAAUAGCCCGAAAGCAGACGAUGGCAAACCUCGUAAAGUUGGUGCACUGCCAAAUUAUGGAUUCAGUUUCAAAUGUGACCAACGGGCUGAGAAGAGAAGAGAGAUACCACCAACAAGACCCAAAUCUCCAAAACUCGGCCGGAAGAAGACUGAUCCUGAAGAAACUCCCACCCCUCGCAUCGCUAGGCUCAGCCUGGAUGAGAGAGCUUCUAAAGAUAACCCAGCUGCUAAGGGAAUUGUGCCAACAGUUGAGCUCAAGAAGCAACCGGUGCGCAAGUCACUUCCAAGAUUGCCAUCUCAGAAAACAGUUCUCCCCGAUGGAAAACUCGCCCCAGCAAAAGCUGCCACAACCUCAGCAAAG